UACCUAGGUGAAUAAGAUCCGCUGCCUAACACAGCCUAUAGUGAACCAGGUCUCGGCCGCUUUUGGAAUAAAACACCAAUCAAAUUGGGUUUUCGAGGGCUGGUAUCCGUAUGCAAAUAAAGUUGCGUGUGUAAACAGUGUCGGGUGUCUAGAUAAAUGAAUUUGUCUUGGAGACAAAGGGACACAGACCCAACCCUCCCAUAGAAACGGUUAUAAAGGUAGCGUUGGGGUGUUUUAGGCACACACGGGAGGAUUUCGGACGGGCACAAUUACGAGCUGCUGUAGUAAAUAACAGCAUCCAGUAAAUUAAGAUGGUGUCCAUACGUCUAAUUCUGAUCCUUGUUGGUCAGGUAUACUUGGUACAAGCUGGAACUGUGAAAUUUGGUAAUGCGUGCUCCGUGACCUCCGACUGCGAAGACAACAAGUCACUCGAAUGUCUUUUUCCUUAUGUUAACUGCGACAAAGGAAUCUGUGUUUGCCCUAAGGGGCAUACAUAUGAAACAGAUGGCUGUAAGGCAACGCAAGCAGAUCUGUUCGUGGGUGAUGAUUGUACCGCCUUGGACAGUUCCCGGAUUAAAGCUUGGAACGCCGAAUGUUCAGGCACAAAGGUUACAUGUAAAUCUUCUUCCACAAAAGUGGACAACUCCUUCUGUAGAGGAACCACGGAUAAGCUUAGAGGAGAGGAGUGUCCGAAUAUUUUCGACAUGUGCUACAAAUAUAAGGAUGGGGUAGCUGCUUCUCCUAUAGGAAUCACGUGCAUGGACGUAGGUGGAACCAAGAAGUGCGUGUGUGAUCUGGGUUACAUCGACGACGGAACAACAUCGUGCAGAGAAAAGACUGUUGGCGACGACUGUACUGGGGAUUCCGACUGCCUGAAGCAAAACCAGGAAUGCUCCUCGGGAAGUAAUAAACAAUGUCAGUGUAAAAGCGACACUGAACUCAGCAGUGGAGAGUGCCAGGUCAAGGGCACGGUUACUCAAGGAAACGUAUGUUUGUACAGCCCGAAAGAUGCACUGGUUGCCACGGGCUUUACCUGUAGCAUUGGACUGGUGUGUGGAACAUGCCCCGAAACCACCGACAACAUCACAAAGUGCCUAAAGCCGAAUUCUGGAUCAGCUGUCACUCCGACCUUGUUCCACCUUGUUACCGCCAUCUGUAUGGCUCUCUUCGGACGACAGACGAUGUAGAUGAUGAAGUUAGACUUGCUGUCAAAAACAUUCAUGAAUGUAUAAACUUUAAUUUUAUAGACCAUUUUAAAAGCCUCAACUUUAUUUGAUGUUGUUUUCUUUUUAAUUCGUUUUUUGCUUGGUUGAAGACAUGUUUAUGUACUUUUUUACGAUGUAAGUUGACGUGACGUAAAAAUUACGUGGUUAAUUUAUUUGAUUUCGCACCCCAUGGCGUUAAGUAUUGUGCCUGCAUGUUAACACGUGCUACCAAAUCUCACUCACUUUCUAUCUGUGUAAACAAUCUCCCCUGCUACAGAUAUAACUGAUUUAUAUAUCUGCUUAUAUAGCGGGGAGCGUUAACAGUGACGUCACAGCUGUCACGUGACACUAGCAAGUGGUUUCAAAGUGUCAUCUAAAGGAUUUAUCCAAUUUUUUACACAUACUAUAUACAGAUAUGCUUACGAGUUAUGGUUUUGCCUGAAAGGUUAGGAUACAUGAAAUACUCGUAUAGAAAGGUACAUAUCUUUUUUCCAUGGGGCUAUUUAAAAUUUGAUCAAUGAAGCUUGUUUGGUUUUAAUAUGUAAAUGCGAUUUAAUGUGUAUAUGAAGCGAGAUAAACAGCGCGUGAUUCAAGCGGUCGCAAAGACAAAUUUAACAGGAUUGAAAAUCAACGAUAUGGGAAUGGUACACAGCAGAAGGAGCUCGUUAUUUUCUGCGAUCAUAUGGCUGCACAUUUAACAGAGCUGCGUAUCCACGAAACUGUAGCAGUACACCUGUAGCAGAGACGAUUGUGUACAGUCACACAAUGGAGAUUGACAUUUGACAUCAUCUGAAUAUGAACAAGGUUGCAGUGGUACACAAAUCAACACUUUUAUGGCUGCAUUCACAUUUAGAAUACUGUGACAGUUAACACCAUUUUACUGUUGUGUUAUUUUUCGCAUACAUCGUGUAGAAAAUACAAGUUUUAUUUCCCAUGUCCAAAUCUGUGUGAUAUUUAGCGUCAGUAGAAACACCGUGUGUAAUGUAUGUUUAUCUAAAAAUAAAUGAAACCUUGUCUAAUUAUUGAAUGCGUAUGAAGCAGGAAUAUUAUCGGUUUGUUAAAGGUCAAAAACUUUUUUUCCACAUACCACCCAUGAGGUAUUGCCUUUGUUUCACAAGUAAAAGUGUCCGGGAAGAAUUACCCAGGUUUUAAAUCCGCUGUUGUUUAGACAAUGCAACUCUCGAACUAGACCGUCAAGAUGGCGGCAUGGCUAGACGCAAUUUUACCUUUGCCCUGAAUAACAGCGGGAUCAAAAUACAAGCAAUGGUCUGCUGAAAUCAUUUUUGGUUCUCAUAUAUUCUCGUGUUUCACAGACUCUUUCCUCAGCAAAAAUUUCAUAAUGUAACCGGUCAGACCGCCAUCUUGAAUGUUUAUCUUGACUGCCAGUAAGUCUUAUCGCUGGAGAGAAACUUGUCAGUUAUAUGAUUUACCCUUUAGGCUCUGAUAAAUUGGAGUGUCCCAAACAAUUAGAGUUAGCGCAAUAGCGCUAAUAUUAUCAACUUGUGAUUUUUAAAAAUGAAGAUAAAAUAUGUAAAAUAAAAAACAAUUCGAGCGGAGGCAGUUUUGGUCAACUCGAGACCUGAAAAUGUUUUAUAUUGAUCGACCUAGUGCUAUAUGUAUCCCCAUUAGUGUUUUCAAGAAAAUGGCUUGUUGGAUGGGGACUCGUUUAUAUUAACUGAACACAUCUAACGAAUCAUCAGAUUAAGUGGACGAUAUGUACUCAAAUGAUAACAGGAAAGGUGGAGGCAAUAUCCAGUGUGCAGAUCUAAGAUUGGCUGAUCCUUCUCUUUAGCUCCCGAUAAAACGCUGAUGAAUGUACAAGUUUCCUCAGCAUUUCGUUCGGCCAUAAAUCGUGUAUAGCUGGAUGGUAUCAACGAUUUUGUACAGUAUUUCAAUAAAUAAAAGUCAUUAACA